AUGGGGAGGACUCAAGUAAGUAAUGGGACAGCUGCACAUGGUGCUACAAACACUGCUGAUAAAGAAGCUAGCCUAGGCAAGCCCAUGGUUCGGGACAAAGCGUCGAGCAGGUUCAAGUUACUUUUGCCUACAAAGGGACGAUUCAGGGAGAUCAUAGACUGUAUACGGCCUAUUCAAGCGUUCAACCUGAAAGGGCACGCCGCCGAUAUUGAACCAGUGAUUGACCUCGCUCGACUGAAUCAAUCGACGAAUGACUUCGAUUUCCAGUUUCCAUCCAGUCUUCGCCCGCUCUAUAUGAAAUACAAGUUUGUGCGAGAUCUACUUGUUGCUGGGAAGGCAAUGCAAGCCUGGGCUGCAUUUCCAAGUCUUGUCCGUGAUGCAGAGAUCAUUGGCUUGGAUGUAAAUGUGAGCCUAGCCACAGCUGAAGCUGAUGAAGAUUUACAACCUGGCCGGUAUCUCUGCUGGCUUCUCGUGGAGCUUGACGUUCAACUCAGCUUUCUCCUGGGUCGCCGUCCCUUUAUCGCACCUUUUCACGGCGUUGCCACGCCAUUUUCAAGGACCCCGCGGCAGGAAGAGGAGGGCUUGCAACAGAAUGUCUUUGAAUUUUCACAAUACAUGAUUGAAGUCUUGGAUCGGUUCAACAGCGACAAGCACGACCAGCAGAUGAUGUUUUCUGAGGCGAGGGAGAUAAUGUUAGAGACAGAUCUAAGUCGGCUAUACCAACUGCAGUUGAAGCUGCCGCCCCUCUCUCACAAUGCCUGGUCUGACGCUCCAUUAUGCAUUGCAGUCGCUCAACACCAUAUUGAUGUCCAACUAGUGCUCAUGGUUCUGCAUUGUCAGACGUUGCGGUCGAUGCCGAAUCAACGCAAGCUGCCCAGAGAAGCCAACUACAGGAACUUGCUGAAAUGUACUCGAAUGAUUACCGAGAUGUUCGACAGCAUCCACGGCCUCGACCCGACCAGAACCGCUGCAUCCUGGGCACGGUGCUUUGGAGUGUUUUGCGCCACAGUUAUGUUGGGCAUUGCUACAAUACGUCAAGAGGUGGGCGUGGGCAUAGGUUCGAAGCGUGUAAAGCGGACUUUGGAAAUCUUCAGAGACCUUGCGGAAGCCGGACAGGCCUCUGGAGUUGCGCAGCUGGCCCUGGAGUCUCUGGGCCUGCUUGUCGACAGAAUUCGAGAACUUGAACACACUCCAACCACCGCCACAACAGCUACUGACGAUGUUAUCCCGCCGGCUCCACUUCGUGGCCUGGAGGACAAGGCGAAGGAGAAUAUUCUAGGCCUUAAACGUCGCCGAAGAUCAAGCCUCGAGGGAGGGUUGCAAGUCGACAAGAGACCAAAACUUGAAUUCAACGACACAGCUCCUAGUUGCUCCGUGCAACGACCUUCAACCUGGCAACACGAUUCAGACCAUUCGUAUUCUCAAGCUACAGCCGCUUUCAAUAACUCUUCUGCCAGCAACAUCCAGAAUCGACCUGGGCAGCACGGCCUCCAACAGGAGGAACGUCUCUCACCCGCUGCUUCAACCUCAUUCGGCGCAGAUAAUCAAAGAGGAUUGUCGAAUGUGGGAUAUGGGUUCACUCAACUUGAGCACUUUCAAGAAUUCCAAGCCGCUCAUCACUGGGUGCAUCCGCCGAUGAUGUACCAUCCCCCAAUGUACGACGAUUGGUGGCAAGCUCAGUUUGCCUCUCAUGAUGCCAUGUCCUCUGAUCAUACUCGACAAAUGUUCUAUAGCCCGCUAUCGGCGCCGCCAAUGGAUCAGGCCCAUCAUUCUGAGACCACCAUGCACGGCGAUGGACAUGCUGGCUAUGCUCAUCUACAGCAAGAACCCACGACCCAUGCCGAGACUGCCAUGGUGAUUGACUCGACUGUACAUUCGCUGGGCAGCAUGCAGGCUUUAACACACAGUCUGCAGGGUCCGGCAGAGGGAAAGGGCUAG